AUGACAGCCUGUCAGUUUGCACAAGAAAUGAUCGUAGAGAAAGAUACAGGUACAAUAUAUUUUAAAAACAUUAUCCCACAGAUUGAAGUAAGUCACAAUGACCAGUAUGAAGUGAUAGAGUUUCUUGUCAAAAAUGACGCAGAAAUAAAUAUGAUUGACAAUAGGGGAUUUACUCCCCUUAUUAUUGCAUGCAAAAAUAGAAAUGCUUGUCUUGCUGAAUUCUUAAUCAAUUCCAAUGCUGAUGCAAAUUUGGCAGCUGGUGAUGGGUGCACUCCAUUACAUACUGCAUGUUUAGGAGGUGAUGAGAAAAUGGUAAAAUUACUCUUACAUAAUAAUGUUAACAUAGACAAAGAAGACAAUGAAGGUUCGUCACCUUUGAAAACUGCCUCUGUCAAUGGUCAUCAUGAAAUAGUCAGAACACUACUGCAGAACAAUGCUAAUGUUGACAAAGCUGAUAAUGAUGGAUGGACAUCACUAAUGACUGCUUGCAAAACCGGAAAUUUCACAGUGAUCAGUGUUUUAAUAGAGUGCAAAGCGAAUGUCAAUUAUUCUAGUCCGAUAGGGGAUACUCCCAUAAUCAUAGCAUGCAUACACAGUGACAAGGAAAUAGUUGAAAAGUUGCUGGAAUGUGGUGCUAAUUACAAUACACCUAACCAUAUUGGACAAACUCCGCUUUUAAAGGCGAUUAUGUAUGGUCGGACAGAGAAUGUUUCAGUAUUACUGCAGCAUAACGUUGAUAUAAAUAUAACAGACAAUAAUGGCAUAAGCCCAUUAAAAGCUGCAUGCAACGGGAUGAAUGUAGUUAUUAUCGAAUCACUUUUCAAAGCUGAAGCUAUAAUGGAUAUUGAAGAUGAAUAUGGUUACACUCCUCUCCUAAGCGCCUGUGAAGCACAAAACUCGGAAGUAAUUUCUCUGCUUAUUCAAUCUGGAGCCAAUGUAAAUAAAAUUGCCCCAGAUGGCUGGAACCCUUACCUUCUUGCCAUUAGAAAUAGUAACAAUGUAUUAGCAAACUUUUUAAUUCAUUGUGGAGCUGACCAAAACGCUGUAUCAUUAAUGCAAGCGUGUGAAGAUAAACAUAUUCCUGUAAUUGAAGUAUUAUUAGAUCUAAAUCACAAUGAUCCUUCAAAAACCAUUGAUAACAUGCCUCCUUUCAAGAUGGUGAUUGCAACACGGCAAUUUGAUGUAUUGGAUAUAUUUUUAAAGAAAGGGAUAACAUUUGAUCUAGACAGUCUCAUCUUAAGAAAUCUUAUUGAACACAACGAUGCGGAAGGUUUUUCUGCUCUUACAAAAGCCUGUGAAGGUGGGAACAUGGAAACAUUAACAUACCUACUUGAGCUAGGUGCUGACAUGUUAAAGCCAGACGGGCGUGGAUGUUCUCCUUUAACAAAUGCAUGUAUAACUGGACAGGAACAAAAUGUUGACAUAUUUCUCAAAAAAUCAAGUAAAAACGUAUCCGAAAUUCGUAGUUUAUAUCUGAACACAGUGGACAAUAACGGAUACACACCUCUUACAGCUGCAACAAGCAAGGGACAUGCCCGAAUUAUACAGUCACUUGUUUCAACUGGAGCAAACGUUCACAAGGUUGAUAUGCACGGUCAAUCACCAAUUAUGUAUUCCUGUCAAAGGGGAGACUUAGAGACAGUUAAAAUACUAGUUGCAAAAGGAGCCAGUAUAAAUGUUGCAUCUGAAAUGCAAGCCUCUCCUGUUUCUCUUGCAAUACAGUAUGAGGCAUGGAAUGUUGUAAACUUCUUGAUAGAACAAGGAGUUGAUAAAACACAGACAGAUCUGAUGAGUACCAGUAUCAAUAAAUCUAGUCAUGACAUCUUGACAAAAGCUAGUAAAGAAGGAUUCAAGGCACUGUUCGAAUUUAUCAUAAAUCAUAGUACACCACUUAAUUUAGAUGAUUUGAUUGAAGAUCUAACUAUUUUGAUGCAUGCAUGUAAGAUGAACCAAAAGGAAAUAGUUGAGAUAAUUACUACUAAAAAUAUUAACAUAGACUUGGCAAAUAGUGAUGGUUUUACAGCUUUGAUGUUUGCUUGUCUUGGAGGGUAUACAGACAUAGCUGAAAUCUUGUUACGCAAUCAUGCAAAUGUGAAUGCAUUAAGCAAUCUUGAAAUAACGCCUCUGAUGCUUGCAUGUCAAAGAGGUACAGUUUCAAUCAUUAGUUUACUGUUGAAAAAUGGGGCGAACAAAGAUAAACAAUCAAAGGAUAGAUUAACUGCAUCGUCCAUUGCAUGCUAUUCUAAAAAUUAUGCAGUGGUAGAAUACCUUUUAAGGAGCAGAUUAGAUAGACUCUUGGAAGACGACAUCCGAAAAUUGCUGUCCGAUAGAACAAAAACAGACGUCCGACAUUUUAUUUUAAACAUCUGUAGGAGUGGCUUUAAGUCAAUAUUUGAUUUAUUGAUAGAAAAUGAAAAAAUCAUUGAUGCCGUCGAUUUAGAUGAAAACAGUUAUCUUAUGCUCGCAAGUCAAGGAGGGUAUGUUGAUAUCAUCGAAACACUGCUUAAAAGAGGGGCAAAAAUUAAUUUAAAGAAUAAAUUUGGAUGGGAUGCGCUCAGAUUGGCAUGUAAAGGUGGUCAUGCAAAAUGUGUUAAAAUGCUUUUGCAAAAUGGGGCACAUGCAAAUCAACGUGAUGAGGAAGGUAAAACUCCUUUGAUGAUGGCUUGUGAGGGUGGUUUCUUUGAAGUCAUAACAACAUUAAUACAAUUUGAUGCUGACAUCACAUUAGUUAAUAGAAAAGGAACAUCAGCACUUUCAAUUGCGUCAAGAGAAGGUCACCUUGAAGUUGUAAAAUACAUUAUUAGCAAAGGUACAUACGCCAGUAAAUACGAAAAAGAAUGCUUAAAGUCCUUGAUGGCAGCAUGUGAAAAUGGUCAUCUUGAGAUUGUUCGUCUAUUAAUCGAUACGAAAAUAAAUCUUAAUUUGUGCGAUAGCCAUGGCUUUACACCUCUCAGGAUUGCUUGUAACGGUAGCCAUGAAGACGUUGUCAAUAUUCUGAUUCAAAAUGACGCAGAAAUCAAUAAAGGUGACAAUAACUGUUGGGCACCAUUGAAGUCAGCAUGUAGAGAUGGAAACGAAGCGAUAGUCGCAUUAUUAUUAAAGAUGCGCGCUGAAAUAGAUAAAACAGACAAUAAAGGACGAACCCCUCUUAUGUCUGCCUGUCAAAAUGGACAUAAUAAAAUCGUAAAACUACUCUUAAAAUACCAAGCAGAUAUUGACAUGACAGAUAUGGGUGGUUGGACAGCUUUAAGAACUGCAUGUCAUCAUGGUCAGGCUUCAACAGUGAAAGUCCUAGUAAACAACAGCGCGAACGUUGAUAUUGUUGACAAAUACAGAUGUAGUCCUCUAAAAGCAUGUGUUGAUAAGUGUAAAACCAUAACUGAUUCACAAACACCGAGUCCAAUACAACAAUAUAAGGAAAUAGUUUCGAUUUUGAUCGAAAAUGAUGCUAAUGUAAAUGUGGCUGACAAAAAAGGAUGCACAUGCUUAAUGUCUGCCUGUAAAGGUGGUCACAUUGAUUUGAUUAACCUUUUAUUGACAUAG